GAACCGGAAAAGGAGCUAAAUGAUCCAAGUGAUAGAAUAGAAAGGUCCUGGAGUGGGACGGGUGUCCUUUUCCCAGACAAAAGCAAGCGAGGCAGACUCCACAGAGAGGGAGGACGAACGCGGGUCGAACAACAUGAAUCUAAAGACAGGAAACUCCUCAAAUGGCUUCACACCAGAGAUCAGUUUGGAUAAACUACACCGGAUGGCUGCAGAGCUGAUACUGCCUGGACGAUCCAUCUUGAGGCUCCUGAACACUGUUCUGGAGUUUGUUACAAACUUUCUGGCCCGAGUUUUAGGAAGCAGCCUGAUCAGAAGACACUUCCACCUGCUGCUGUCUGGAUUGGUCCUCUUUGGGCCUGUGCUCAGCUUCUGGGUAUCAAAGUAUAGCAUCUUUGCAAACAGCAACCACUACCUGUACAGGAAGUUCCUGAGGUCCACUUGGGGUUGGACCUGCAUCUUUACGAGCGCUUUCAUCAUCCUUCUCUCCCUCUCAGUCCGUCACUCCACCUCUCUUUCCCUCCGCCACCUCUCUCGAGUAGGCCUCACGGGUUUGCUCUGGUGGAGCUGUCAGCGCCUCCUGACCCUGCUGGAGGAUGCAGCGGGGACCUGUUACGAGCCCAUGACCCCAGGCCAGGACGGCCAGAGCCCGGCCUCCCCAGUACAGCCUCUGCUGCUCCUGCAUGAAGACCAGAACAAGGCCUCCUGCCUGAAAGCCCACAUGCUGUGGCGAGGCUACGAAGUCUCCCAGGACGUCCUCAUCCUCUGCUUCUGCUGUCUGCUGCUUGUUGAGGAAAUGUGUGUCUUUGGUCAUCACUUGGAGCGACAAAAGCCUCUGCAGAGGUCACCCGGAACCCCGCUGAGAGUCGUCUUCCUCCUGUGUGUUCUUCUCCUCCUUGUUUGGAUGUUUCUGCUGCUGUGUUUGCUUGCAUACUUCCCAAAGUUUCCCUCCCAGCAGCUGGGUGGAGCUCUGGGCUACCUGGGGUGGAGAGGACUCUAUCACGGAUUGUAUAGACUCGGAUCGAGAUGGGGUUGUCCUGGUUUGCCCAGAGAGGGACUUUCUACCACGGUGCACACCAACAAACAGCCUUAGUAGUGUGGCACCCUUAAUGAAAAUGGUUAGAUUUUGGCACUGAAAUGUCCUUCAAAGCUCAGGAACAAACUUCCAAACCCUCUUUUAAGACUGCAU